CUGGCAAAUGUCUAAUAAGAAAUAUUUCUCACGGAAAUAUAAUUAAAGUCGUAGAAGGCCAACCCAUUAUAGAACUUGAACAACAGCAAAGAAAAUUAAUGAAAGGUGCUAUGGCACUAGUACUUAAAAGUAAAAAGGAGGAACCUGUGGAUAUCGAGGACGACAAAGAAUUUAUGUCAUAUUAUGAACCGGAAAUUCCGUUUCAAAAAGUCAAACCGCCUAGAGAUAUUAGAAGAAAAAAACCAAAAAUCACAGAGGAGAACUCUCGGAAUGAAUAUCCUGAAAUAUUUAAACCAAUCUUUGGCAUGAAACAUCCAUUAAUAAAAUACUUUGAAUCAAUACGUCGUAAUAGAACUGAUCGAUGGAGGCAACGAGCAAUUAUUGUGCAAGGAAUAAGAUAUAUACGUGAGUUAAUCGAAUUAAAAUAUCCGAUACGUUCGAUUUGUGUUACUUCUGCUGCAGAACCUCCUUUUCCAACUAUGGAUAAAAUUACCGGUGCUACAAAAUAUGUCUUUGAUCAUUUGCCACAAUUUCCCGCCGAAAAAUAUUACAUUACCGAUCAGGAAAUGACAAGAAAAAUUCUUGGGCAAUGGGCAUUAAUUGGACAAUGGGAAGCUUAUGCGGAGGUUCCAUUUCCCGAAGUUAAUUACCCUAAUGAAAUGAAAAAAUUAUUAAUUUUAGAUAAAAUUGAAGAUCCAAUAUUAGUAGGACAAUUAAUUAGGACGGCCAAAGCAUUAGGCUGGGAUGGUGUAUUUUUAACGCCAGGCACUCCAGAUGUAUAUGAUGAUCGAGUGAUGCGAGUAUCCCGUUAUAGCUCAGUUAUUUUUCCGCAUAGACAUUCCAAUUGGAUGGAUGCCCGUGAAAUUAUGGCUGAACAUAAUCUGCCAAUGAUUAUUCUUGAAUCUUUACCUCCAAGAUUAAUAGAAUCUCUUAAAUCGUCAUCUAAGAUUACCGGUAAAAAACGAAAUCUAUAUUUCUGGAAUAAAACGAAUGGCUUACUGGAAAAUGAUAUUGCUUUUUCAAGUGAUCGCAUCGCUUUAAUAAUAUCUGCCGAUCUUGUUCACCAAUUUCCAGAAGAUACUGUACGCGUGACAGUUCCAACUGAAAAUUAUAUUUCAUUAAAUUCUUCAAUGGCUGGUGUCAUCCUUUUGAAUGAAUUCAAUCGUCUCUUAGACGAAAACAAAAAAAAUAAUCUGCUAAAGCGUUGA